CGUUCGUGUCCAACAUCAAAAGUGAUUAGAAAAAGACAGGGGUGCUGGCGAAAACCUAUCCGGACUUCAGUGCUCAGCGAAGAAGUUGGGGGGAGUCUCGUCUCGACCUCCAAUCAGAAUAGCUAGUCGCAGCACUGACAGUUAAUAUAAAACCGCAAGACAUCUCUCUAGCUUGCCUGAACCACACAAUGAUAUGGGAUUUAUAGAAAUGGGUGCGGAGGUUGAGUCUCAUGGAGGAUUCCUCGGCGCUGUGAAGUGAACUGGAUUGUCCAGGCGAGCCAACUAUCUAAAUUUCUAUUUGAUGGUCAAGAGCAUGAUGGCGUUUGUCCUGUGUGUUAGCCUGUGGAUGCUCCUGGCUGUCCAUGGCCAAGCUGGAGCAGUGAAGAACUGCCACCCGGGUUGCCACUGUGAGGUGGAGAGCUUCGGCCUGUUCGACAGCUUCAGCCUGACCAGGGUGGACUGCAGGGGAGUGGGCCCUGGCACCAACCCCAUCUCCAUCCCCCUGGACACUGCCCACCUGGACCUCUCCUCCAACUCUAUGUCCCUGCUGACCGACACCAUGCUCUCUGGGCCUGGCUAUACCACCUUGGUCAGCCUGGAUCUCAGCAACAACCUCAUCUCCAUGGUCAGCCCUAAGGCCCUGUCCAGGCUGCGCUACCUGGAGUCUCUGGACCUCAGCCACAACUCGUUGGAGGGCCUGAACGAGGGCUGCUUCUCUGGCCUCCCCCUGGCCGAGGUGGACCUCAGCCACAACCACUUCCGAGAGUUUGAUCUGGACAUGUUCAUCACUAAAGAUCACGGAGAGCCAAUCAGCGUGGAUCUGUCCCACAACCGGCUGACAGUGGUCUCCUGGAGUUCUUCUAGGAGCCCCUUGCUACAUGUCCAGAGCCUGACUCUAGCAGCCAACCAGCUGAGGGCCGUGCCCAAGCUAAAAGGCAUCCUGCUGAGGGACCUAAACCUGGAUGGGAACAGUAUCUCCCGCAUUGAGGAGGGUGCUUUUGAGGACCUCAAGGACCUCGUUUACCUGUCCCUCAGUGGGCUUCCUGAACUCUUUAACAUCCAGCCCAACUGUUUCAGAGGCCUACAGAACCUACAGGUCUUGGACCUCUCCAACAAUGCCAAGCUAAAAACACUGAGUCCAGCUGUGUUCAGUGGACUUGUGUCUCUACAGGAGCUCAAUCUGUCAAACUCUGGAGUAACAUCAUUGCCAAAUAACAUGCUAAGUCACUUGCCAAUCAUCAAGAGUAUCACCUUGGGCCAGAAUAUCCAUUGUUGGAGGGCUCAAAAGCAGGGCCAGUUUCACAGGCAGCUCGGACAGGAACAGAAACAUGACGAGGUGCUAACCUGUGACGUUGAAGGGGUUAUCUCAUGAUUGUGUUCGGAUCGUUGCCGUCAGUAUGGACAUCUAGCUAACACAUUAGUGCUAAAACUGUGCCUUAUAUCACUAUAUGCAAAGAACACUUUUUGUUAUUGCCGCCAAUCAUGAUAAUUACUAUUUGAACAGUUGUUUAAAUUUCAAUUCAAAAAUGUGUUUUGCUUUUAUUCCAAAGGCCUGAGGUAUUUCUAGUAAUCCACUGUACUAUCACGUCAUGCUUGCUAUGCAUAAAGCAUGUCUUUCAACUACAGUAACAAGCUAGCAAUAGCAUUGAUGGAUAUUAUAUUAAAAACAUUUAGUUUUUUAGGAUCUGGAAAUAGAAACAGACCUCAGCCACUAGGAAAAAUAUUGUUAUAUUCCAUAACAAUCAUCAGAUCAUUGAAGUAUGCACAUUACUAUGCAAGGACCACUCUUAUUUCAGAACGAAAGGUAAACAUCUUAUGUAGAGUAUAUAGUUAAGUAUGUCUAUCAUAGGAAGCUGGUGGGAGGCGCUAUAGGAGGACGGGCUCAUUGUAAUGGCUGGAAUGGAAUAAAUGAAACGGUAUCAAUCAAA